AUGUCCCAAGAAGCAGCAAGUACUCCCAGCGAUGUAUCUGUCACUCCCGCUGGCGAGUCGACACCGAUAACAAAGAGUGCAGCCAAGAAAGAGGCAAAACGACUUGAGAAAGAGGCCAAACUUGCUGCUAAAGUAUCCAAAUCAGCAGUAGCCCCAGGCAGCGAGAAAAAGGCCAAGGCAGAGAAGGAGAAGAAGGUGGAGGAAGCGCCGUUCGUCAACACUACGCCGAAGGGAGAGAAGAAAGAUCUUUCUGCUCCUAUGCCGGCAGGAUACAACCCGAUCGCUGUAGAAGCGGCAUGGUAUGACUGGUGGAGUGCGCAAGGAUUUUUCGCCCCUCAGACGACCUCCGAGGGAAAGCCCAAAGCUGAAGGGAGCUUUGUCAUCCCUUCACCUCCUCCCAAUGUCACUGGUAGCUUACACAUUGGUCAUGCCCUCACCGUUGCGAUACAGGACUCGUUAAUACGCUGGAAUCGCAUGCUUGGCAAGACGACCCUUUUCGUUCCAGGAUUUGAUCAUGCUGGUAUCUCAACCCAGUCCGUUGUGGAGAAGCGGCUGUACAAAUCUAGUGGUAAAACUAGGCACGACCUUGGUCGAGAAGCAUUCUUGGAGACUGUGAUGUCCUGGAAGAACGAUUACCAAGCACGGAUUACCAACCAGUUACACCGUCUCGGAGGAAGUUAUGACUGGCAGCGUGUGGCAUUUACCAUGGAUGAGAAACUGUCAAAAGCAGUCAUAGAGACUUUUUGUCGCCUUCAUGAAGACGGGAUUAUCUAUAGGGCCAACCGUCUGGUCAACUGGUGUGUGCAACUCAAUACAACUUUGUCGAAUUUGGAAGUCGAUCAAAAGCAACUAACGGGGCGGACAAUGCUCAACGUCCCCGGUUAUGAUGCAAAAGAAAGGUUCGAGUUUGGUGUCAUCACAUCUUUUGCGUACCCACUAGAAGAUUCAGACGAAAAGAUUAUCGUCGCUACAACGCGUCCGGAGACCAUGCUUGGUGACACAGCAAUAGCCGUUCAUCCUGACGAUCCUCGAUAUAAGCACCUUCACGGCAAAUUUGCCAAACAUCCGUUUGUGGACCGUCGCAUUCCCAUUGUUGCGGAUUCUAUCAUCGUCGAUAUGGAGUUUGGAACUGGAGCUGUCAAAAUUACGCCGGCUCACGAUCCCAACGAUUAUGAAGUCGGCGUUCGUCAUAAACUUCCCUUCAUCAAUAUUCUCAACGAUGAUGGUACCUUCAAUGAGAAUGCGGGCGAGAAAUUCAAGGGAAUGAAACGGUUCCAUGGUAGGGUUGAGGUCGUCAAGGCCUUGAAAGAGCUGGGCCUAUAUAUUGAAACGAAGGACAAUCCGAUGCAGAUACCCUUGUGCAGCAAAUCCGGCGACAUUAUCGAACCUCUUCUCAAACCUCAGUGGUGGGUGAGUUGUAAGCCCUUAGCGGACGAAGCGAUAAAAAGGACAAAAGCCGGCGAACUCCACAUUCAACCGAAACAGUCUGAAGCAGACUGGUACCGCUGGCUUGAAGGGAUACAGGACUGGUGCAUUUCUAGACAAUUAUGGUGGGGACAUCGUUGCCCAGCAUACUUUGUCCGAAUCGAAGGAAAGGACCAAGAUCGUAUCGACGGGGCAAACUGGGUUGUCGGCCGCACCCUCGAAGAGGCGACCGAACGUGCGAAGGUUGUGGCGAAUGGAGCGCCCUUUAUUCUUGAGCAAGAUGAGGAUGUUCUUGAUACGUGGUUCUCCUCAGGCCUUUGGCCCUUCUCGAUCAUGGGCUGGCCAGACAAGACUCCCGACCUCCAAGACUUCUAUCCGUCCUCUCUCUUAGAGACCGGCUGGGAUAUCCUUUUCUUCUGGGUUGCCCGAAUGGUGCUUCUCGGCAUCCAUCUCACAGGUAAAGUUCCUUUCGAGGAGGUUUACUGCCACGCUAUGAUUCGUGAUGCCCACGGCCGUAAAAUGAGCAAAUCUCUGGGCAAUGUUAUCGACCCCUUGGAUGUUAUCCAGGGUCUCCCAUUAGAGGCUUUGCACGAAAAGCUUUACGAGGGUAACCUGGACGAGAAAGAAAUCCAGAAGGCAAAGCUUGGCCAGAAGAAAGACUUCCCGAAAGGUAUCCCUCAGUGUGGGACGGAUGCCUUGCGUUUCGCUUUGUGCGCUUACUCCGGAGGAGGGCGUGAUAUCAACCUUGAAAUCCUUCGCGUUGAAGGAUACCGUAAAUUCUGCAACAAGAUUUUCAACGCAACCAAGUUCGCAAUGUUGAAACUGGAUCAAACCUUCGUUCCCGAAGCUUUACCUAAGCCAACGGGCUUAGAAAGUCUCGUUGAGAAGUGGAUUUUACACAAGCUCAAUAUUGCUGCUGCGGAGAUCAACAAGCAGCUCGCCGACAGAAACUUCAUGAAUGCCACUACAGCUGCGUACAAUUUCUGGCUGUACGAACUGUGCGAUGUCUAUAUUGAAGCCAUGAAACCCAUGACCGACGAAGCUGCAUCCCCAGCAGUACGAAGAUCUGCGCAGCAGACUUUGUAUACGUGUCUUGAUCAUGGUUUAAGACUUUUGCAUCCUUUCAUGCCAUUUGUCACCGAGGAACUCUGGCAGCGUCUGCCACGUCGCCCGAACGAUUCGACUCCUUCCAUUAUGGUUUCUUCGUUCCCGGUCCACGAUGCGGCGUUUGCCUUCGAAGAGGCAGACAAACAGUUUGACCUCAUCUUUUCCGCACUGAAAACUGGACGUUCGCUCGCAGCCUCAUACAACCUCCAGAGCGAAAUCCAAUUCUUCUUCCAUGCCCAGACGGACGAAGAAGCGAAGCUCCUAGAAUCGCAAAUACCUACCAUUGUGACAUUAACCAAAGGUUGCAAGAGUGCCCAAGUAGUUCGAGACCUUUCUCAGAUUCCACCUGGAUGUGGUGGCUCCAUUGUUACUGCGACUGUCGCGGUGCAUACGCUCGUCCGGGGACUUGUGGACCUCGAUGUGGAGAUCUCAAAGUGCGACAAGAAGCUCGACCUUGCCAAGUUGAAUCUGCAGAAGAUCGUCAAGGUUGAGUCCCAGGCGGACUAUGAAGACACCGUUCCCGCCAAUGUCCGGUUGGUUAACGAAGAAAAGAGGAAGACCUUGGAAGCCGAGAUCACUACGCUGGAGGCAUCGAAGUCAAUGUUCUUACAGUUAAAGUAA